UUUAUAGUUUCAGUUGCAAGCGAACCGCGACCACGAAGCAACGAUUUCUGCGCAUGCGCACCGAUCAUUUUAUAAAAGCGAGACACUAAAGCGAAAUAUAUUGCAGUCGACGGUCAUAUGAACAUUUACAAGAAAUUACUGCAUCACUAAACAUACUAACAGGUGCUAAAAAUAUAUAACAAUGGAAAUAUACACAUAGUUGUAUUGAAUCAAGUUUAUAGAUAAUCAGCCAUUGUAUUCUGAGCAGCAAAAGUGUCGGUUAACGUGUUUCAUAUUUGACUUCAAUUCGGUUUAAUUUAAUCCUAAUUUUUCACGUUUGACUAUUCGAUUUGAUAUGACUUGCUAAUUGUAGUUGAGGUCAGUGUGACCUUAGUUGGGUCUUUGGACCAGAUACGUUUAAGAAAACCAAAAGCAAAACAAAGCAGAUAYACACAUGUGAAAAAGUAAACCAAAAAAGUAACCGCUACACUGCUGACUUACUUACGGGCAAACAUAAAAUCAACCAUCAAGCAACACAAUACACAAACAACAACAUUCKGCAGGUAGACGGUUGAAUGGGAAAAUGAAAGUACUACCGAUAUUGCAGCCAAAUCGGCUAUUGURCCUCUACUUCGCAGUGAUUGUUGUUAUCGUUGUUGGGGAUUAUGCAAGUGCGCUGCAACAGCCGGAGCCACAGACACGGCGAGAGCAAGAUCGGCCAACAGCUACGCCCAGCAAACAGCAACAAGCUGCACAUGCGGAAGUAAACCAUACCACCAAUAAACCGUUAAAAUUCGGUACAAAUAUUGUUGAUUAUCCUGUUGCUGAAUUGAAUGCUAACAUCACAACUCUUAAUGCCGCAGAUCGCCAACAAUCCGCCGAUACCAGAAAUAGCAAGCAAGAAACCGAAAAACUACAAACGGACAUACAGUUAAACGAUGCAGCAGACAUUGCACCAUCAUCAAGGGUAGCACGUCGCUAUGAUGCGCUCAAAGCGCCAGCCACACAAAUGAUUGGUGAAAAUGACGUGCCACCGGUGAAGAAAACUCAGCGCAGUGGUAGCACAACGGCAAAUGCACCCGCGACCGCGGUACCGAUUGCCACAGCGAAGUCCAAGCCAAAGCGUCGAGACGGCAAUAGUUCGCCUUCGAGCUCACGCGAUGGCAAAUCCGCUGCGGUUGCAGCAAGUCAACGUUMCAAUUCUUUUGAUUCCCAGGCGCAAAGUGCACGUCAGUUGGCAACUAACCGUGCUCGCAAUUCGAAUGCUGCAAAUGUAGCGAGCCAACAAACGAACCGGGGGUCUGGUAAGAAAAGCAAAGUUGCAUCACAGCCAACGUUGACGCCAGCGGUUGUGGCUAACAACCGGCGGGAGGAAAAGAAAUCGCGCAAAGCUUUAAGUGCAACAACGGUAUCAACGCCAAUAUUCUCGUCCACACCUGCGGCCACGACUGUCCGCGCUCCAGUUGUUGUCAACAACCCAUUAAGUAACCCUUUCAGUUUCUUCUCUCCCUCCCUUUGGGCUCUGUCCAGUCCACCGAAAGCAUCGUCAACAAAAAAGCCACCCAAAAAAUAUACACCGCCACCAGUAACAACUACAAAACCAGUAACAACUACAAAACCAGUAACAACUACAAAACCAGUAACAACUACAACAGCACCAGCAAAAGACAAGAAAAGCACUAUUCAAAAAGAAAAACCGACGACGUUAACACCGUUAGCUUCUAAUCAAGUUACGACGACCGCGCUGCCACCCAAAAAAAGCACCACCGAUGGACCAUUUCGUAUAGCAUUGCCAACAUUUAACUUUUUCGGCAAUCAAGCAUCAAGGUCGCCUGAAGUGGCUGGCGAGAAGGAUAAACGCAACACAGCRCAGAAUCUGCGUAAUCUAUUCGAUUGUCCACGCGAGAGUGAGGUGCGUUUCCAGCUAUUUCCGAAAAUUUGUAAAGUCGACAAAGAUUGUGUCGUUUGGAACCGUGAUGAAUUGUGCUGUGAAAUAUUUGGCGCAAAAAGUUGCGUCUCGGGUAUAGCCAAACCGCUUGAAGAGACUUCACAUACCCCCAUAUUGGGUCUGAUACCACGCAAAUGUCCGAUUCGCCCACUAGCCGAGCUUUGGUGGCAAGUUCAGGAAUGUGAAACCGACACAGACUGUUGGCCAAGAGUUUGCUGUCCUGAUGGAAAUAAGCGUUACUGCAGAACUUCGCAGCCGGAGCUGGAGACAGUACCAGUACCGGUGAAACGUUCCUUCAAUUAUCUAUCCGAGUAUAUCGAGUGUACACCACCACCGCCACCCAUCUUCGAUUUACAUCCAAAGACUUGCGCUUCUACUUUGGACUGCUUCCCGAAUGUUUGUUGUCAAGAGGCGGGCUUGCGACACUGUCGUCCGCCCAAAAAAUCUCUACUUACUUGGAUGGCGAAUUUUCUGAAUGUGGAUUUCGUUAAGCGUCUGGCCCAAAAUAUUGUUAUUAAGUGAUGUGGAGUGUUCCAGGGUUGUUCUUAUUUAUUAAUGUUUGUUUAAAUUUAGCGGAAAGGUUUUCAAAGGAUACAUACAUAUGUACCUUAUUCGCGGU